UCGACAUUUUCCAAUUUAACUGCUAUGAAAGACUUGAGAAUAAGUGAUGUGUCUAAUGUGAGCUCUUCACUGGAAUUCAUCAGGAAUAUGAAGAAUCUGUCUAUUCUGAUACUGAGGAAUAACAAUAUCUCAGAUUCGCUCCCAUCAGAUUUUUCAGGAUACCAGGGUUUAUCUCAGCUGGACUUAAGCUUCAACAAGUUAACGGGACAGAUUCCAGACUCGCUUUUCAAUUUGAGCUCACUCACUUACUUGUUUCUUGGAAAUAAUAGUUUGAAUGGCGCACUUCCUGAACAGAAAAGUGCAUCCCUUCUUAACAUUGAUGUGUCAUACAAUAACUUGAUGGGAAGCUUUCCUUCUUGGGUCAGCAAUGAUUUACAACUUAAUCUGGUUGGCAACAACUUUACAUUGGACAAGUCUGACAGUAGCCUUCUUCCUUCAGGAUUAAACUGUCUUCAACGGAAUUUUCCUUGCAAUAAUGGGAAGGGAAUCUAUUCUAAUUUUGCAGUUAAAUGCGGUGGCCCUCAGAUUACUACAUCCAAUAAUACCGUGUAUGAGCGGGAUAAUAACAGUCUCGGUCCUGCUACCUACUAUGUGACCGACACAGAGAGGUGGGCAGUGAGCAAUGUUGGUAUUUUCAAUGAAAUUUUCCAGGAAGGGUCGGAUCCUUCCUAUAAAGCCUUGCUAUCAGAGCUGUUCGAGAGUGCACGGGUCUCCGCUUCAUCUCUACGAUACUAUGGAUUAGGGCUGGAGAAUGGAAACUACAAUGUCACUCUCCAGUUUGCUGAAGUAGAAAUCAGGGAUACUGGAUGGCAAAGGCUUGGGAGGCGUCUUUUCGAUAUAUACAUACAGGGAAACCUUGUUGAAAAGGAUUUCGACAUACGAAAAGAUGCAGGUAGUGCCUCUCUCACAGCUGUCCCCAAAUUGUAUCAGGCUCAGGUGACAGCAAACUAUCUUGAAAUACACUUUUUUUGGGCUGGAAAAGGGACUUGCUGUGUACCAAAUCAAGCCACAUAUGGACCUUCGGUUUCAGCCAUUAGUGCUGUCCCAGACUUCGUACCCACUGUCAGUAACAAUCCCCCAACCCUUGACAAUCCUACAUCCCGCAAAAAGGAUCGUACUGGCUUGAUAGUUGGAGUCGCUACUGGAGUUGGAGUGGUCGGCUUUAUGGCUGUUCUCCUGGUGUUCUAUGUUGUUUGGAGAAGGAGAAUGGCACGCAUGAUUGAAGAUCAAGAGUUCCUUGGCAUGGAUGCUAGACCUUACACUUUCAGCUAUGCGGAACUAAAAGCUGCUACAGAUGACUUUAAUCCCAAUAACAAGCUUGGGGAGGGAGGAUUUGGCCCUGUUUUUAAGGGAACACUUGAUGAUGGGAGGGAGAUUGCUGUUAAGCAACUUUCUGUGUCAUCCCACCAGGGAAAGGAUCAAUUCAUGACGGAGAUUGCGACUAUAUCUGCAGUGCAACACCGCAACCUUGUUAAACUGUAUGGAUGCUGCAUCAAUGCAGAUAAUCGAAUUCUUGUUUAUGAGUAUCUGGCAAACAAGAGUCUUGAUCAGGCAAUCUUUGGUCAAAGAAGCUUGAAUCUUGAUUGGGCAACACGGUAUGAUAUCUGUAUUGGUGUUGCGAGGGGUCUUGCUUAUCUUCAUGAGGAGUCAAGGCUGAGAAUCGUGCAUAGGGAUGUGAAGGCCAGUAAUAUUCUGCUGGACUCUGAUCUCACACCUAAAAUAUCAGACUUUGGUUUGGCUAAACUUUAUGAUGAUAAGAAGACCCACAUAAGCACCCGUGUUGCAGGAACCAUUGGAUAUCUUGCUCCCGAGUGUGCAAUGCGUGGCCACCUUACAGAGAAGGCAGAUGUAUUUGCGUUUGGCGUAGUGGCUCUAGAGGUUGUCAGCGGAAGGUCAAAUUCAGACCCUAGCUUGGGAGAAGAAAAAAUAUAUCUCCUUGAAUGGGCUUGGAAUCUGCACGAAACCAACCGUGUUGUUGAGCUGGUUGAUUCUAGAUUAUCAGAGUUCAAUGAAGAAGAGGCAAUACGCAUGGUUGCAAUAGCGCUCUUGUGCACUCAAACGUCGCCAGCACUAAGACCCCCAAUGUUCCGUGUGGUGGCAAUGCUCUCCGGAGAUACUGAAGUGGUGACCGUGUCCACGAGGCUAGGCUACUUGACUGAUUGGAGAUUCAAUGAUACCACUAGCUCCUUGGCUGAGACUGCUGAUAAGAGCACAGACAAGAGCCCUUACAACUCUCCAUUCACUGCAAGCACUGUUGGAACUGCAAAUCUUUCACUGGAAAUUGCAACGACACCCAUGCUUGAUGAGAUAAUCGGAGAUGGUAGAUGAACAUGGUUACCUGGAUGGAUCUCAGCUACAUCCAUAUCAGGCUUUAUCAGUUGAUUACGCCAACAUUAUGUACUGUAAUUAAUUACUAGUACAUACGGAUGAAUUUCCUCUAGAAGAUGACUCUCCCUGUCAAAUCAUUUUUGCCGUCAUGUAAAUUAAAGCUGUACAAAAAGCUGUACAAACUGUCAAUUUUUCUGGUAAAUUUGCAGAGUAUCAUUUCACAA